CCAUGACUCUGUACCUCCGGCAUUACUGGAAGGAUGAACGGUUAUCAUUUCCCAGUAGCACCAAUAAAAGCAUGACCUUUGAUAGUCGACUGGUGAAAAAGAUAUGGGUUCCUGAUGUCUUCUUUGUUCACUCCAAAAGAUCUUUCAUUCAUGACACGACAACAGACAACAUAAUGCUUCGUAUGUACCCAGAUGGGCAUGUUCUAUACAGUAUGAGAAUUACCGUGACAGCUAUGUGCAACAUGGACUUUAGUCGAUUUCCAUUGGAUACUCAGACAUGUUCCUUGGAGCUAGAAAGUUAUGCCUAUACCGAUGAGGACCUGAUGCUUUACUGGAAAAAUGGAAAUGAAUCCUUAAAAACAGAUGAGAAGAUAUCUCUGUCUCAGUUUUUGAUUCAGAAGUUCCAUACGACAUCGAGACUUGCCUUCUAUAGCAGCACUGGAUGGUAUAAUCGGCUGUAUAUUAGUUUCACUUUACGACGCCACAUCUUCUUCUUCCUGCUGCAAACAUAUUUUCCAGCAACGUUAAUGGUCAUGCUUUCAUGGGUAUCUUUCUGGAUAGAUCGGAGGGCAGUCCCUGCACGAGUCUCUCUUGGUAUAACCACCGUGCUGACAAUGUCAACCAUAAUAACCGGAGUAAAUGCCUCAAUGCCAAGAGUCUCAUAUAUAAAAGCAGUGGAUAUUUAUCUCUGGGUUAGUUUUGUGUUUGUCUUCCUAUCGGUGCUGGAAUACGCAGCUGUGAAUUAUCUGACUACUGUGCAAGAGAGGAAGGAAAGGAAACUGAGAGAGAAGGUAAGGAGCAUCAAUUUUCCUUGUACAUGUGGAAUAUCUCACACAAAAACAAUGAUGUUAGAUGGAAUAUAUGGUGAUCCUGAAACCAGUAGUCUGGCUGGAUACACAAAAAGCCAUAUUGUACCUGAAGAUGUGGAGAAGCAAGACAAAAUGGUGGUCCAUUUGUCUAUGAGCCCAAAUUCUAGCACUUCCAGGAAGAAGGGGUUGAAGGGCCAUGUUGGCUUACGCAUAAUGCAAAAUACGCAUGCCAUCGACACGUACUCCAGGAUGAUUUUUCCUGGAUCAUUUAUUUUCUUUAACUUAAUAUACUGGUCUGUUUUCUGUUAGAGAGAAGAGUUACACUGAAAGAUGAUGAUUUGAUUAUUUAACAAAGACGACAACAUGAGAAAAGGAGCUGAAUGAUAUACAUGUACAUAAUCUGCCAUUCGGUGUAUUCAAACUGUUUUCAAAUGAAGCUCACUGCAGUACUAAAAUACCUUUGAUGACAAAAUAAACUUGAUGUUU